CCUGUGUUAAGGUAAAACAGUUUCUUUCUCUUUCUAGUGCCAGAUUGGCCUCUCUCUUUGGUCUGGAUCAAACAGUCUCAAGCCAUGGAAAUGAAUUCUUCCAGUACACUGCACCAAAGCAGCCUAAGAAGGGUCAAACGGCAGCUGCAGGUCAGGCAGCCCAGAAGGCUCCUGUGGCCCCAGCAGCUUCAGGAACGCCAUCGGUGUUCAUGGCCACUGCGGUUCAUGCUUAUCGAUAUACAAAUGGGCAGUACUUGAAGCAAGGCAAGUAUGGAGCAGCUGUAGUGGGGAACCAUGCUACUAAAGAGUACAGGAUCCUCCUUUACAUCAGUCAGCAGCACCAGAUUGCAACUGCAAGGAUCCAUCCAGGCUUCAUACUCACGGUUCAGCCCAACAAUUACAGUACAUUCUAUGACGAUCAGAGACAAAACUGGUCCAUCAUGUUUGAGUCGGAAAAGGCAGCGAUGGAUUUCAGUAAACAGGUAUGCAUUGCCAAAUGCAACAGCUCCCCAGUGCUUGAUUCAGUCCUCUACCAGGAUCUCCUUCUUGGAGAAGGGCAGGGAGUAGAAGGAGGAGACUCUCUGGAGAUUGCCUAUACGGGUUGGCUGUUCCAGAACAAUGGACUUGGACAGGUGUUUGACUCAAAUGUUAACAAAGACAAGCUGUUGCGGCUAAAGCUGGGAUCUGGAAAGGUCAUCAAGGGCUGGGAAGAAGGAAUGAUGGGGAUGAAGAAAGGAGGGCGAAGGUAUCUCAUCAUUCCUCCAGCAUGGGCCUAUGGGGCUCAGGGAGUGGCUGGCCGUGUCCCUCCAGACUCAACUUUAGUUUUUGAGGUGGAAGUUAGACGGGUGAAGUUGGUAAAGGAAUGCUCUGGCUCAGAUGGACAGAGUGUUAGUUCAAGGGAUUCUCCUGCACCUUCUCCGGUUCCCAAUUCAGAUGGCUUCUCUGCAGACACUGGUUUAUUGCCUCCAUCUACAAUACCUCCAAAGCCUGGGGAGCCAGCUGUUCGGGCCAAGUCAAACUCCAUCAGCGAACAGCUCGCAAAUCCAGAUGUAGCAAAGGCAAAGCUAAUUUCUCGGAUGGCUAAAAUGGGACAGCCCAUGCUACCUUUCCUUGCCGGGACAGCAGGUGGUCAACUUGACUCCAGUGACUCAGAAAUAGAGGAUCCAAAUACACUAAGAGGGACAGCACAACCAGUGGCUUCAUCUUCUGUGAGACCAUCACAGCCAGCUCAUGCAGUACUGCCCACAGUGUCAACACAAGUACCUCAGGCAUCUGGUUCUACACCCCCGGUAUCUUCUGCUGCUUUAAUACCUGCAAUGAUCCAGCCCCAUUCAGCUCUGUCUGGAGGAGCACAGGGCUUUCAGGCAUAUCCAGGAAUGGCAUUUGCUUACCCCCAAACUGCUGCAUCUGCUUCUCAACUCCAACCUGUAGGGCAGAUGUAUCCUGCACCUUACCAAGCUCCUGGGGAUGUUACUUCCUUUUUGAUGACAGAAGCUCGACAGCAUAACACUGAAAUCCGAAUGGCCGUUAGCAAAGUAGUAGAUAAAAUGGAUCAUCUGGCUGCCAAGGUGGAGGAGUUGAAGAAACAAAACACUGGUAACAGCUCACUGCUGCCUGGUAUUUCCUCUGUUACUAUGGAAGCCUCCAUGAUCAUGAGCAAUAUCCAACGCAUAAUCCAGGAGAAUGAGAGACUGAAGCAAGAGAUAUUUGAGAAGAGCAGUCGGAUUGAGGAGCAGAAUGAGAAGAUCAGCGAAUUGAUUGAGCGGAAUCAGAGAUAUGUUGAACAAAGUAACUUGCUAAUGGAGCAGAGGAAUCAUUCACUGCAGACAACAAAUGAAAACACACAGGCAAGAGUGUUGCAUGCAGAACAGGAGAAGGCCAAAGUUGCAGAGGAGUUAGCAGCUGCCACAGCACAGGUUUCCCAACUGCAACUGGAGCUGACUGCCCACCAGAAGAAGGAAAUGGACCUGCGGAAACAGCUGUCUGCUGCCUUGCAGGAGGCAGAGCGACAUGAGACACAACUCAACAAACUGCAAGCACAGUUAGCAGAGCUCCAAGAAACCUCUGAGGAUACUCAGACUAGAUUCAGAGCUGAGAAGCAGAGCCGCAAACAGCUGGACAUGAAGAUUACAGCACUGGAAGAAGAGCUAACAGACCUAAAAGUGGAAAAGGAGACUCUUGAAAAGAAUCUUGCGGAGAGGAAGAAGAAAUCCCUUUCGGAGAGAGCUCAAGCAGAGGAAGAGAUGGAAGAAAUACGCAGAUCGUAUCAUCAGGAACUGGACAAGCUUCGACAGUUGCUGAAAAAGGCACGGACUUCGACUGACCAGGCAGCAGCAGAGCAGCUAUCACUUAUCCAGGCAGAGCUGGAAUCCCAGUGGGAAGCCAAAUGUGAACGUACGCUGGCCUCAGCCAAGGAGCAGCAUGUUAGACAGUACCAGGAGGUGUGUGAGCAGAGAGAUUCCCUGCAGCAGCAGGUGUCCCAGCUGGAGGAGAAGCUUCAGGCUCUAAAACACUCAAAAAAAGCAGAGGAGCAAAAAUUGUCUGAGUUUCAGCAACGUUUGGAGCAACUAGAGCCUAUCCAAGAGAAGUAUUCAGCCUUGCAGUCUGAUACUGUGGUGCUGAAGGCUCGCUAUGAAGAACGCAUCCGAGAGCUGGAGAAGGGUCAGGACGAGUCUUUACCUGCAGACUUCACAGAAGAAGUAAAGAAGAUAAUGAACGGUGUAUUUCAAUCUCUUCGGGGUGAAUUUGAGCUGGAAGAGACAUACAGUGGCAGGACAGUUCUGGGUGUUGUCAUGAACACUAUUAAGACUGUAACACUGCAGCUACUCAGCAGGCAGCAGGAGAAACCAGAUCAUGACAGUAAAACGGAGGAAUCUGGAACAAAAGCAGCACGACAGGAGGGAUCAUCUGGAGCAAAGACUGACCACGAAGAGCCCCUGCAGCAUAGCCCAGUGCAGAGCGUUGCAUCCCCAGCUGAUCCUGAGGAAGCAGCCAGAGGCUCUGUGGUGUCUGAGCAGGCAGGCGAGUCUGCUCCUCUGUCUGCCAGGCCCAGAUCUCCUGAGGAAGAGCAGGCGACACAGACCAGUGGGGUGUUGGAAGAGAAGAAGGUUCAAGGGGAGCAUCUCUCUUCCACAGUUGAAUCCUGCCUGGAUCCUGAUAAGGGGCCUGUACUUGCAGGGCAGCCUGUUCCUGAGGUGGAUGAGGAGUUUGUCCCAACUGAGCAAACACUGGGGAGCAGUCCCAUCAGGAAAACUGGGACUGAACGCAGUCCUUCCAGAGUAUCUUUGCAGGCAGAAGUUGCAGAACCUUCUAUUCUAGAAGCCAAACCAGGAGAAGCAGAUGUGGCAGUGCUGCCAGAAAAGCCAGCUGUGGAGCAGAAAGCAGAGGAGCCUGUGGGAGGUUUAGAGCCUGCUCCUUUAAAUGGUGAGGAAGGGAACUGCACAGACCCAUCAGAUGGAGCUAGCUCCGAGAAGGACCCUGCUUCAGUAUCCAAUGCAGCAGAGCUGAGCUCAGCUGUCAUCAGAGAAACCCCAGGACAGCAGGAACUCUGCUCCAGCCCCAGGGAGAAAGAUUCCAGCCUCUUUGAGGAUGACAACUUCUUUGAAACAGCAUCUCGUAAACCACUGAAGCCUCGAGUUCCCUCUGAAGAGGAGGAUGAGGAGGAAGUGAGCAUGAAGGGGCGUCCCCCUCCAGCUCCGCUCUUUGGUGAUGAUGACGAUGAUGAUCUGGACUGGCUGGGAUGA